AUGUUUUUCGGCAUUGGAUCCGGAGACAUUCAUCUUGGCCGCCGCAUCCAGCUUGCCUUUUGGCUCCAGGUAUCCAUGCAGUAUGGCACUGUGAUUGCAGCCGUGGUCAUAUAUUCUAGAACCAUCUAUCAUACAGCCGGCUUUGACAACAUCAAUUCCGGUUGGUUGUCCGGUUUACUGAUUCUGGUUGGUAUCUUGGGUACAGCCAUUGCAGCCUUUACCAUCGAUAGGACUUUCUAUGUGUUUGGAGCUGCUAUGUUUACAUACAUUCCCUUGGUGUACUGCUACCUCCCCGAAACUGCCGGCCGUACACUGGAGGAGGUUGACUAUCUCUUUGCUAGUAAGAGCCCGUUCACUUGGGACGAGGAGAAAGAAUUGGCGAAGUGUACAGCUCUCCUGCAUGAAAGUUUGAAUGAAGGGAAGAACGGGAGCGACUCGAUGACGCAGGAUAAGUUAAUGGAAUCAUACAUCAAGGUUGUAUAA